AUGGAACCUUUUUCCUUUGCCAGUUCGGAAGCCGUCGAUAUACCCGUCAAUAUCAGAAUUGUCAGCCUUGAGGGAGAGCAGACUCCAAUCCCUUUCUCUACACUUAUCAAACGGCCAGAUCUGAGACACAUUGGAUCUAAUUUGAGUCCUCACUCAGACCUGUAUGUCACGGUCCAGCUAUGGGCAGAUUCAAAACCACUCACAGUUCCCGUCCAAACGGCCUAUAAAGCCUUCCGGAACGAGAGAAAGUGGAAUGAAUGGCUUACGUUACCGAUCAACUAUUCGACCUUGCCAUUAAGCUCCCAGCUUGCAAUUACACUAUGGGACUUGUCCCCAGCAGGAGGAGAGGGCGCGCAAGGACAUUCUAUACCGUUCGGAGGGACUACACUCCCUCUUUUCGACAAAGAGAAUCAGCUACAGAAGGGACGGCAGAAAUGCCAUGUCCAUCGUCGCAAAGCUGCAGAUGGGUUGGACUCGACUUCAACACCUGCCAUUCUCCCAAAAAGUCGACGGGAUGGAUCUAAAGGGAAGGAACAUACAGACACGACAGAUAAAGAAAGUGAGGAGCUGGACCGGUUGGAGAAGUUGUUCAAGAAGCAUGAGAUGGGAGAGAUUCCCCGUGUGGAGUGGCUCGACCAGCUAGUAUUUCGAGGCGUUGAGAAGCGCGGUUUACAGGCAUCGAGUACAUCCCUGAAAGCUCUACAAAGAAGGCGGUCCCGGCAGCGGAGUACAGUAAUGACUCUGGAUGGAACAGGGGAGAAGGAGAAGGCGACAAAUGGAGACAAGGAGGAUCCCGAAGAGGACCCGGCCCGAGACGAGCUGUUCACUCUGUACGUCGAAUUGCCACGAUUCGACUUCCCAAUCGUGUUUGCGGAUCAUGAAUAUCCUCCACCACCCAUUUCAUCACUACAGCACCUCUCUGCCUCCCAGUCCAACAUCAUUCUUAAGCCACCACCAGAAGUCCAGUAUGGUCCUGGUAUCAACGGCCUGGGGGAUAAUGAUGACCAUGGAUUUGGGGGUCGUUUAGUACGAGUUUACGAUCCCGAAGUUGGCGCUCGAGACAACCCUGCGGAAAGUAAACAUAGACGACUUGUAAGAAGUCAUCGAACAGGUGUUCUAGAUAGGGAUUUGAAGCCCAAUGCAAAGGUUCGAGAUGAGCUGAAUGGCAUUAUGGCUUAUUCACCAACACACAUUCUCUCUCCUGAAGAGAAGGAUCUGGUUUGGAAAUUCAGACAUCAUCUGACUCGUGACAAGAGAGCUUUGACUAAGUUUGUCAAGUCAGUCAACUGGCAUGAUCAAAGCGAAUCCCGGCAAGCUGUGCAGAUUUUGGCCAAAUGGACAGAAGUCGAUGUCGAUGAUGCUUUGGAGCUUCUUGGACCUACCUUUGACAAUUCUGCGGUCAGAACAUAUGCUGUGGACCGCCUUCGAAAGGCUGACGAUGAUGAGCUCCUGCUUUACCUCUUGCAAUUGGUGCAGGCUCUGAAAUUUGAGAGCAUUUCUCCAGAUUCCACUAAGGAUGCAACUCAAGAUUCGUCUCUGGCCCGAUUCCUUAUUUCUCGCGCUACGAACAAUUUCGUACUCGGGAACUAUUUCCAUUGGUAUUUGAUGGUUGAAUGUGAUGACAAGAGUGAGGACCAGGCAGCAUCCUAUCGGAAGCUCUUCGCCAAAGUCGAAUACGAUUUCAUGAUGGAGUUGGUCAAGCUUCCUGGCGGCAAAGAGACGCGGAAGACAUUGCUACGACAGGCAGAGCUCAUUACGGUGUUGUCCAAGAUUUCAAUGGACAUCAAAGUUUCGCGUGAAGCCAUACCCAAGAAAACAGAAAGGGUAAAAACAUUCCUAGCAGACGCUAAGAACGAAAUCAUCACGAUCGAUCCGCCUCUACCUUUACCCUUGGAUCCAUCAAUCAUGAUCACAGGAGUCGAUCCUGCCGAAACGCUCGUCUUCAAGUCGUCGCUCUUCCCAGUGAUGUUGACAUUCAAGACACUUUCAAAACAGAAGUACCAAAUCAUUUUCAAAACAGGAGACGACUUACGCCAAGAUCAGCUGAUCAUUCAGAUCAUCACACUCAUGGACCAGCUGUUACAGAAAGAAAACCUGGACUUGAAGCUCUCACCUUACAAAAUCCUGGCAACUGGUGCAACUGCAGGAGCAGUCCAAUUCGUCCCUUCCAUGAGCUUGCAAAGCAUCGUCAACAAAUACAAAGGCAACACCGUCCUCGCUUAUCUCAAAUACAACAACCCAGACGACAAAGCACCCCUAGGAGUCCGCAAAGAAGCUCUCGAAAUCUUCAUCAAGUCUUGCGCCGGCUACUGCGUAAUAACCUACCUCCUUGGUGUUGGCGACCGUCAUCUCGACAACCUGCUCCUCGCCCCAGACGGACACUUCUUCCACGCCGACUUUGGUUUCAUCCUCGGCAGAGACCCCAAGCCCUUUGCGCCAGCUAUGAAACUCUGCAAAGAAAUGGUCGACGGCAUGGGCGGCGCCUCCUCAGAACACUACCGACAAUUCAAGCAGUACUGCUUCACUGCGUACACAACCCUCCGAAAGUCCUCGAACCUGAUCCUCAAUCUGUUCAGUCUCAUGGUCGAUGCCAAUAUCCCCGAUAUUAAAAUCGAGCCGGAUAAGGUUGUGUUGAAGGUUAAAGAGAGGUUUCAUCUGGAGUAUAGCGAGGAGGAAGCGAUCAGGCAUUUUGACACGCUUAUCGAGGAUAGCUCGAAUGCGAUAUUCCCCGUGGUGAUUGAUAGGUUGCAUGGGUUUGUGCAGCAUUUUAGGACGUAA